AUGGCCCCAACCCACGAAAUGAGCAAUGGGGUACCUCCACCACGAAAAAAGCGGAUUGGUGUAAUGACCAGUGGAGGUGACUCCCAAGGCAUGAAUGGGGUGGUGAGAUCCGUCGUACGCAUGUCUAUACACAUGGGUUGUGAGCCCUACGCUAUCUACGAAGGUUACGAUGGCUUAGUUCAAGGAGGAGAUCUGAUCAAGCAGAUGAAAUGGGACGACGUUCGAGGCUUUCUGUCCAGAGGAGGCACCCUGAUUGGCACAAAACGCUGUAUGGAAUUCUACGAACGCCCCGGUCGAUUGGUCGCUGCAAAGAACAUGAUUCUGAAAGGCAUAGACGCCCUCAUCAUCUGUGGUGGUGAUGGCAGUUUGACCGGUGCAGACAAGUUUCGCUCCGAAUGGCCAAGUCUGCUGCAAGAGCUGGUCGAAAAAGGAGACCUCACACAAGAAGCAAUCGAGCCAUACAAGCACCUCAAUAUCUGUGGCCUUGUCGGAUCGAUUGACAACGACAUGUCUGGUACAGACGCUACCAUUGGCUGCUUCUCUUCUCUCGAACGUAUCUGCGAAAUGGUUGAUGCAGUCUUCGAUACAGCUGCUUCACACAAGAGAGGCUUUGUCAUUGAGGUCAUGGGACGACACUGCGGUUGGCUGGCUUUGAUGGCGUCUAUUGCGACGGGCGCUGACUACGUCUUUAUUCCCGAGAAGCCACCUGCGCCAGGCUGGGAGGACGAAAUGUGCCAGAUAGUCACGAGCCACAGAGAAUGGGGCAAGCGAAGGACCAUCAUCAUCAUCUCCGAAGGAGCCCAGGAUACUGAACUGGAGAAAAUCACAGCAGACCAGGUGGUGAAAGUGCUCACAGAUAGACUCAAGCUUGACACCCGAAAGACUGUGCUCGGUCAUAUCCAGCGAGGUGGUCUCCCUUCAUACUACGACAGGUGGCUUUCAACGCUACAAGGUGUCGAAGCUGUCAAUGCAAUCCUCGACUCUACUCCCGACAAACCAACGCCGGUUAUCACGAUUCGCGAGAACAAAAUUGAGCGUUCGAACUUGGAAGAAUGUGUCAAGUUGACCAAAUCCGUUGCUACUGCGAUUAAGGAGAAAGAUUUCGAGAAGGCGAUGCACCUACGCGACGUGGAAUUUAAAGAGUACUUCAAUAGUUACAAACUGACAACAUCUACGGAAGAUCCUAGAAUGAAAUUACCAAAAGACAAGCAGAUGCGUAUCGCGAUUAUUCACGUUGGAGCUCCAGCAGGUGGCAUGAAUCCAGCAACAAGAGCUGCUGUUGCUUACUGCUUAUCGCGUGGCCACACACCAAUCGCGAUUCAUAACGGGUUUCCAGGUCUGCAACGCCAUCACGCCGAUAAGCCUCUUGGUUCAGUACGGAAUGUCUCAUGGCUGGAUGUCGAUCCUUGGGUCAACGAAGGUGGCUCAGAGUUGGGUACCAACAGAGGUCUUCCUGCUGACGAUAUUGCUACUACUGCUCAUUGCUUCGAGUUGUACAAGUUUGACGCACUCUUCCUAAUCGGUGGAUUCGAAGCUUUCACCGCCGCCAGCCAAAUCAGAAAGCACAGAGACAGCUAUCCAGCCCUUCGGAUACCACUAAUGGUACUUCCCGCUACAGUUUCCAACAAUGUUCCUGGAACUGAAUAUUCUUUGGGCAGUGAUACCUGUUUGAACACCUUAAUAGGAUUCUGCGAUGCAAUCAGACAAUCUGCUUCGGCCUCCAGACGACGUGUGUUUGUCAUAGAAACCCAAGGUGGAAAGUCUGGUUAUCUGGCUACAAUGGCUGGUCUGGCUAUUGGUGCGCUUGCUGUGUACAUCCCAGAGGAGGGUAUCAACGUUCACAUGCUAGCACGAGACAUCGAGUUUCUUCGUGAAAAUUUCAAGAACGAUAGGGGAGCCUCGAGGGCUGGAAAGAUCAUUCUCCGCAACGAACAGGCGAGUGAGACCUACACCACACAAGUGGUGGCGGACAUGAUCAAAGAAGAGGCUAGGGGUCGAUUUGAGUCAAAGGCAGCCGUGCCUGGUCACUAUCAGCAAGGUGGUAAGCCGUCACCGAUGGACCGUAUUCGUGCUCUACGAAUGUCCAUCAAGUGUAUGCAGUUCCUUGAGGACAACUUCGCUGGCAAAAGCAAGGACGAAAUCAUGGCUACCGAAGACUCUGCCGUGGUGAUCGGUAUCCAGGGAUCUCAGGUGCUCUUCACACCUAUAGGAGGAGAGAGUGGACUCGAAGCUAAGGAGACAGAUUGGAAAGCUCGACGUCCUCUCAACGAGUUCUGGCGACCGCUCAAGAGCACUGUCGACAUUCUCAGUGGACGACCCAAGGAUACAGAUUGCUGCACCGAAUGUGGCAAAGUGUUGUCUGGGGACAUCCCUCAGCCUCUUCCAGAUGUACUUGCAGCGACGAAGUCUUCGUUCGGACACCCGUUGACGGCGGUGUACUCGAAGGACUAG